AUGAGUCAUACUGGUGCUCGUUCUGAGACUUUAUCUCCUGAAGAACUCUACGAUGUUGUAGCCCGUGCCGCCUCCCAAGACCCUGCCCAGGUGCAAGCGUCUACAACGAGAUUGAAAGAGAUCAUACAGUUAUUUGGCGCAUAUGAUACACUGCACGAAAUCGCAGCGCAGCGGACAGUCCCAUUAGCGGUUCGUCAACAAAGUAUCAUCCAGUUCAAAAACGCUGCGGUAGCCCAUUGGAAAUCAAGGAAGUAUCUAUCAGACGAACAAAGAACCCGUAUUCGAGCACGUUGUCUUGCUUUGCUUGAUGAACCAGAUGACGUUGUGAGCGUCUCCGGUUCCGUUGAACGUUUACAGGUCAUAUUGAUCCUAAUGGUCUUACUUAAGAUCGCAGACUGCAACGAGUACAUCAUUGGAAGAAUCGCCCGUCACGACUUUCCCUUAAAUUGGCCCAAUUUAGUUCCCGACUUAAUGGAAAUCAUCAACUUCAAUCUGGAGGCGCGUUACAAAGCUGCAGGUCCAUAUUCUGCCGUGAGACUUCGUCGAAGCUUGGAGACUUUGAACGCUAUUGCGAAGGAAAUGGGGAGCGCCAAAUUGCCGAGUGGUGUUAAAGCCAUGGGCAGUUUGGUUGAGCAGUUACAGGUUCCCCUUCAAAAUAAUUAUAUAACCAUCUCGACGUCAUUCAUGUCAAUCAAUCCUUCGACAAUCAAUCUUAUUGGCACAUCUGAAGAUCUAUUAUUUGGCCAUCUCUUGUUCAAAUGUAUCGUGAAGGUGGCGGUCUGGACAUGGAACCGUGUCGUAAAUCACAAGCAACUAUUUCAGGCGUCUGCUUUGCAGCUUCGGACUCUUUCGGAACUCAGAAUUGAGCUCCUCCUUUCACUGCAGGCUACAUCGGCAGAUGUACUUUCUCUGCGGUCUGUGGAUAUCCUCACUCGCCAUGUUCGACUAUUCGGCAAAUUCUUUCGUCGCCUUCAACAACUCUCUAUACCGCGAUUCGUAAAGCUUCCGAUGUGCACCGACUUGGUAUUGUACUACUGGAGUAAAGUAGUGCAAGCCUCGGAUACUCCUGCAGCUUAUAUUGCAGAUACAGCAUCAGCAGUAUUCCCGGUCCGCUUUCUGGUGCAGGCUAUGGUCCUUUUCAAAGAGAGUCUUCCACAGUGGGCGCCGGUGAAGAGAGAUGGCACGCAGAAUGCGCAAGCGUUAUCUAAAGAGUUCGUAGAAGACGCUGUGCGGUUACUCGUCACCCGCUUCAUACCCUUAAAUCCGGAAGACUUAGAAGAAUGGAUGGCUGAUCCAGAAGGCUGGGUAAACGUUGAGGAACAAGAUAAUGAGCAAUGGGUAUUCGAAGUUCGACCGUGUGCAGAGCGGGUUCUCAUGACACUGGCCAAUAAUUACGCAGCGGACGUAGUUCCUCUCCUCGAGACGACAUUCAAGCAGGUUGUUGGUCAGCACCCCACUGAUCUUCCUGGCGUCAUUCAGCGAGAAGCCCUCUAUUGUGCCAUCGGUCGAUGUGCUCAUAGGAUGAAAAAGGUCAUUCCGUUUGAACAAUGGCUGAGUCACACUUUAGUGCCAGAGGCGCAGGAGAUGAAUCCUAGUUACCCCAUUUUGAAACGUCGCAUUGCAUGGUUGAUCGGCAAGUGGAUUUCGGAUAUGUGUUAUCCCGCGAAUAAUCCGACACUAUGGCAAAUAUUACUGUAUUUGUUACAAGACCGAGGUCCAGGAACAGAUGAAGUCGUAAGACUCACUGCGGCAAUCUCUCUACGGGAAUGUGUUGAUAGUUUGGAAUUCGAAGUUGAUACAUUCGCACCAUUCCUUGCGGGUAUCGUCAGCGAGAUGGUACGGCUGAUUGGUGAAGCCGAAACAUUAGAGAGCAAGCGCCGGAUUUCUAGCAGUCUCAACACAAUCAUCGAGAGAGCUGGGACUAGAAUUGUACCGCUCGUCGGAAUGGUUGCCGAACCACUUCCACAUUUGUGGACAACUGCGGGAGAAGAUUGGCUGUUCAAAUCCUCUUUAUUGGAAACACUCACCAACCUGAUUAAGUCCUCCAAGGAGCAUUCGGUAUCUCUGAGUAAUCUUGUUGUCCCACUCGUCCGUGACAGCUUUUCGCCUGGGGCUCAGCAAAACUUAGAUGAGGAUGCCUUAAUUCUGUGGCAAGCAGCACUUCGUGACACAAUUACCAUCGAGGGUGUGAAUGGCGGGGCAGGUUUGAUUGAUCUCUUCCCCCUCGCUAUAUCAUUGCAAUCCGAAAAUCUGGACCUGUUGGGUAAGAUCAUGAACAUAAUUGAGUCUUACAUUUUAUUGGAUGCCCUCCAAAUACUUCAACGUAUCGCUGUGGAUAUGUUCCGUGCCUUCCUACAAGCUAUGAAUCAAGCAACAGAGAUCAAUGUCAUGCAUAUGGCGACAAGUUUAACAUUGAUCGCACAAGUUGCGCCGUCAUCGCAAUGGGGUGAAGCUUUGCAUGUGUCCGGCCUAUUCGCAUUCAUCUUGAAGAUCCUCACUGACGAGGGAGACAAGGCCUCGACUGCACUCCUGACGGAAUGCAUAUAUUUGUUAGCUCGAAUGGCGAUUUCCGAUAAGCAGAUGUUCCUCCAGCUGAUGUCCGCGACAGCUCAAUCUCAAGAUAUAGCAGAGACAAAACUGUGGGAAGUUGCCCUAGACCAAUGGUGGACAAGGUUUGAUAACAUGUCCGAACCUCGUCUCCGGAAACUGGCUGCUAUGGGAAUUGCAACUUUGGUGUCAACGGGGCGUCCAGAAGUACUGGGCCGACUCUCAACGGAGAUCUGUAACCUCUGGCUGGAUGUCUUUAGUGAAAUCAAAGAGUCUCUGAAGUCGAGCGAAAAUGAUUCUACCGGAUCACCCUUAACAUUGUACUGGGACAAACCGUUGGAUUCCUUUUACCAAGACUCAGAAGGGACGUUAGAAUAUCAACGCCGCAAAGCCUUAUUCGACAAUGAUCCGGUUCGUACGACACAGCUUACGGAGUUCAUCGCUGCUCGUGUGCAAGAAGCCGAGGUUGCAUGUGGUGGAUCAGCUAAUCUCCAGACGUUAUAUCUGUCGAAGGCAGAUCCACUAGUUUUGAAGCAAAUCCAGGCCGAACUGAUAGGCAGAUAG